AUGCCACGAUCGAGACGCUCAACUAAAUGUGACUUCAUCUUCCCAGCAUGUACUCCAUGCAAACUGGCAAAUUUGCCUUGCUUGGGCUUUGAUCCUAGCUCCAAGGAGGCAGUCCCCAGAAGCUUCGUCAAGUCACUCGAAGCUCAGGUGGAAGAGCUCGAAGCACGACUGCUUUCGUUCAACGCCGCUUCCACCAACGUUCCGUAUCUCAUCACUACGGCCGUGGCACAGGCCACCAUAUCCAUUGGCAUUCCCUUUCAGAACUCGUUUCUCGACUCCAAAGCCUCAUCUUCAUUGUUCUUCCGGCCCUCCUGUCCCCCAUUGGCAAUAGCCCGGGAACGGGGACAAUCCACUCCUGAGAGACAUCCCAGCUUACAGAAUAAUCGACACAAUCCCGGCGCGCCCAUUAAUUUACGUAGUGUUCCAUUUUCUGCAAUCAAUCGUAUGAUUCGGAAUUAUGUCGACAUCCACUUGCCUCAGUACCCCUGCGUGUCAGAAAACGCGGUAAAUGAAAUACUGGACAGGAUCCAGCAUCAGGACCUGAAGGACCCAAAUGCUCUCCCGAUCCACCAUGUACCCACUGAUGCUGGCCUGGGGCAUUUCGAAUAUUUUGUAUUGCUUAUCGCACUUGCAAUCUCUGCGAUGACAUUGACCUGGAAGGCCGAUUACCAAGCUCGAGUGGCUUCGGAGUCUUUCUAUAACGCCGCCGUAAAACACCUACAGGCCAUGACAGACCAUAGCGAGAUUCAGGCACUACAAAUUUCUUUGCUCCUAGCUCACUAUGCGCAUAUGUGCCCAGAGAGGGUAGACAAUUGGACUUGCAUUUCUAACGCGGUCCGGAUUGUCCUCAAUCUUGGACUCUAUCUGGAGUGCAAUCAACUGGUUCAUGCGUACGGUAUGGAGAGGUCAUUAUGUACGAACCUCCGCCUACCCUUAUCAUUUCCGGAAGAGGCAAUCACGGUAAAGUUUCCCACAGGAGAAGAGACAAAUCUCCAUACGGAACACUCCACCGGUAGGCCGUGCAAGAAGUAUGUCGCUUACCAUAUAUGUCGGUACCGUGCACUAGAGACAGAAGUUCAUAGAGUGCUUCAUCUGGAAGAAGACUUGACCAAGUUCGGCAAUAACACUAUAGAGGAAUGGAUUGAAAGCAUCACCCAGAGAUUGGAACAGUGGUACGAGACGGCACAGUCGUACACAAAGUAUGAUAUGCUUGAAUUCAAACAUGUGCAGUUUCACCACCUCAUGGCACGCAUCCACCGGCCAACGCCGCGUCUAAGAUUGAGAGGUCCAGACAACUGGAAAGCUGUGUUAAACGCAUCAUCCGUUUUGAUACAGGACUACCUCGCUCAGGAGCGACGUCGGAGGCUGUUCUAUCCUUGGCAUGGGGUACAUAUUCUCUUCGAAACUGCCGUCAUCUCGCUGGAGGCAUGCUGGUCAGCACGGAAUUAUGAACCGCUACAAGUUAGGGCUCAUGAGAUGUUGCAGAUCUCGAUUCCUCGAUGUCUUCAGCUUCUCACCAACAUCGGUGAACGUUGGGGUGAAGCAGCCGUAUGUGCUGAUCGGUUAAGGCCGCUCGUUGAUACUGUCAGGACCGCUUUUAACAAUCCCGAUACGCUGUUGCUGACUAUGAUUGAUGAGAGUGUGAUCACGGCAGAGAUACUUGAUUUACUUUUCACGGAUGGGCCAUUGUCAUGGACCCGAGCCAACCGUGGGGAGAUAAUGUCUGACAUGAUUGAGAGUGAUCCAUGGUUAAAUAGCCUGGUGGAUGACAGCCUCGAACUUUUCUCGUGGAAUCCUGAAUGGUGCAUCAUGCCUGCUGACGCAAUCUCCAUCGAGGGAUAUACGCUUUAA